AAAAAAAAAAAAAAAAAAAAAAAGGCCUCUUUUUUUUUUCCAAGUCCUUUCUCUUUUUAGUUCAUAAAUCGCAAUAAUGGAAGAACCAUCUGCAAAAAGAGCACGUUUAGAUUCUCUACCAGAAGAAACAACACAAACAAAAAAAAAUGAAGAUACGACUGAUCUUUAUUUAGAUACAAUCGAUAGACACAUGUUAGAUUUUGAUUUCGAGAAAGUGUGUUCAGUCUCCCUCUCUCAAAUCAAUGUUUAUGCUUGUUUAACUUGUGGAAAGUACUAUCAAGGUCGUGGAAAGUCAUCUCAUGCUUAUUUUCAUAGUAUGGAUAAGGAUCACCAUGUCUUUAUUAAUUUGAAGACAUUAAAGGUCUAUGUUCUUCCUGAUGGUUAUGAAGUUGAUAAUCCUUCUUUGAAUGAUAUUAAGUAUGUACUUAAUCCAAUCUUGACAAAAGAACAAGUUCAUCAACUCGACCAGAAUUUGAAAAUGUCUUAUGAUUUGAAUAACAAAAAGUAUUUGCCUGGAUUUGUGGGUUUAAAUAAUAUUAAAGCCAAUGAUUAUGUUAAUGUCGUCAUUCAAGCUCUUGCACAUAUCCCUUCUAUUCGAGAUUAUUUUAUUCUUGAAGAAUUUGAAAAGAAAGGAUAUCCUCAAUUAGUAUGUAGAUUUGGUGCGUUAAUUAGAAAAAUGUGGAAUCCAAAGGCAUUUAAGGGCCAAGUGAGUCCUCACGAACUAUUACAAGAAAUUUCAAAUGCAAGUCAAAAAAAAUUCAAACUAACGGAGCAAAGUAAUGCUAUUGACUUUUUAUCAUGGUUUUUGAAUACAUUACAUAAAGAUUUGGGAGGAACAAAGAAAAAGAAUAGCAGUAUUAUUUAUAAACAGUUUCAAGGUGAAGUAAAAAUUGAAUCACAGGAUUUAAGCAGUAUAAAUGCGAAUGGAGAUAAAUUCAUAGUAACAUUGGAUACACCCUUUAAGUCAGUUGUUUCACCAUUUUUGUUCUUGGCAUUAGAUUUGCCACCUGCACCCUUAUAUCAAGAUGAGAAAGAGAAAGACAUUAUUCCACAAGUUCCCUUAACAACUAUCCUUGGCAAAUUUGAUGGUAAAAAGAUACAAGAGAUUGCCAAUCAAAGGAGAAAAUAUAGCAUCGUUCGACUUCCAGAAUUACUUAUCUUUCAUAUUAAACGAUUUCAUAAAAACAAUUGGUCAAGUGAAAAGAACCCCACUAUCGUUAACUUUCCUAUUAAAAACUUGAAUAUGUCAAAUUUUACAACUAAUCCAAAUGAAGAAACAUUAGAAGAUCAUUAUGACUUGGUAGCUAAUAUUUGUCAUGAAGGUAAACCUGAUCCAGGACAAGGAACAUAUAAAGUUCAUGUUCGUCACCGUGGUACAGGUCAAUGGUAUCAAAUUCAAGAUUUAAUUGUAGAAGAAAUUAUGCCCCAAAUGAUUUUCAUGUCUGAAAGCUAUAUUCAAAUUUGGGAAAGAAAAAAGAAAUAAAUGAAAAUUUAUAUAUAUAAAAAUAAAAAAAUAAAAAUAUUAAACA